GGUUUUACUUUUAGGCGUGCGUUCGCGCAGGCAGCACUCUUCCGUUUUGCUCAGUGUUAUAACGACAGUGGUUGAGUACGAACUAAGUUAAGACGAACGAUACGCGCUUCGGGCAUAACUUGUGAACUGUGGCUUGAACUUUCCUGUGCUUUAAGUUGGUGUGUGUUGUUCGAUUAUAUUCAUACGAAAGAUCUGAACAAUUCCUGAUUAAUACAAAAAGGUACUCAUUUUGGCGUACCUACCUACUGAAUCUUCUGUAAUCGGAUUUGUUGAUUUUCACCAGAUAAACCGCCUGAAAUACUACUUCAAAGAACGUAGCAACUGAGUCUCACCAACUACAAACACCUAUUCAAGAAAAGAAAAAAAAGAAACAGGUACACGCUAUAAGCAGUCGCAUUCACCACAAUGCGAGUUCGCCACAGUCACCUGACAGCGUGAUAGUUUAUAAGCAGAAAAACGAAAAUCGUGCCAUGGAUCAUCGGAUAGUCAUCUUUCUGGCGGUAUCCGCCCACCUAUGUAGCAUAGCAUCAGGCGAAGGUCCCGGAAACAACUUCCUCACUCAAACUGUCUACGGGUUCCUGGACUUCACGACUACGAUAGGGAACACUGUUAUGGUCUUCUCGCCUCAAUCUGCUCCUCCACCAGAACCACCGCACACAGAAAAGUCCGUCCAAGAAAAUAUCAUUGAGACUAAACCACCACCUAUCAGCAACGUAAAGCCGGAGGCGAUCAAGCCUAGUAAAACCACGGACAAGGACAAAACGAAUAAAGCAGGCGCCCCACUUGUAGCAUCAAGUGCUAUUUCUGUUGUAACAUCUCCUCCAAAAAAAGAUGAUAAGGUUAUCAAUAUUCCGAAGUCUGUACCUAAAGAGCAAAAACAAAUAAUAACAAAAGUUGAAGUUGUCGCUGGACCCUCUAAAAUUGUAGAAAAUAACGCAGGAAAACAACCAGUGGCAAAACCUAAACAAUCUUCUCAACCCAAAAAGCAACAAAAAAAUCAAGCUGUUAAAAGUGUGACUAAUAUUGUAAGUAGUAAGGUUGAAGUCAAACAAAAUCCUGUACCAUCUUCCAUAGUUAAUAGCGUAAUUCAAAUAAAGUCUAGCCAUGCUGAAGAAGAACCCGCAAUCUUAGUGUCUAAUAACAUAGGGGAACCAGAAUAUGAUUAUCUAUCACGACAACCAUCUGAAUUUGUAGAAGAAACAUAUAGAGUAAUUAAUUUACGGCCAUCAAAAGCUCAUCCACCAAAACCAAAAAGUAAUUUAAAAAACCGACACCAACCAACUCCACCUCCAGAAGAUGAUGAACAUCCCAUUGGUUUGGUUACUACUCUUGGAGGAACAAUUGUCAAAGAUGGCCUUACAACAGUUCAUGAAACCAGUGUCAUAGGUACAUACAUAUCAGGAAAAUACGCUCAAGUCUUAAACAGCAACUCAAAAAUAUUGCAACCUGGCCAUAAAGCCAAAAUAUCACCAAGUUCUCCCCACAGAAUCUUAAAAACAGCAGCACCUGCCAUAUCCAAGAAUCACAGGCACAAUUUAGAACCGACACCAUCUGUAAGUGAUGGAGAUAAUAAUAGUAAAACACCGCGGCGACAAGGAAAUGGUGGGAGUUCUUUUAAAAAUCGUCACAAGUCUCAAAAUGUUGAAAAUAUUGAGAGUGCUGAACCACGUAGCCAAAGCAAGAAAUUCAAAAACAGAAAUUCUUCCAAUUCUCAACGUACUCAGAGUACACGUUUUGGUCGACCAGCAAACAAACCUCAACUGGCAACCGUAUCUGUUUUCAGUGAAUCUUCGUCACAAUCUUUUUCUAAUAGACGAAAAAGCAACCGAAACUCUGGUCACAAAACUGUAGUCACACCGGCAAGUAACGGUGACAGCCAAUCAAAACGUGGUUUUAAAUCUCGUAUUCAACCUACAGCAGUAGAGCAAAAUACACCAGCACCGACAAGCGUUUACAAAUUUAAGCUGAAUCGCGCACCAGGAUCCGGACGUUGGCAAUAUAAAACAAGCCCUAAACCUAAAGUUACUAUUCGCAAAUCAAAUGGUGAUGAUGAGCAGCAAACGACGACACCGAGCUUAAAUCCACUAUUUGACGACACGCCAUCUAACGAACUUCAAGCAAGAUCUGAUAAUGAUUUGGAACAAUCUGGUUCUCAAAGUGGACCUGGCACUCUCGUAGAGAACGAAACUGAUGACGACUCCUUAGAAAAGCCACCACCAGUUGAAACACUAAAAGUAGAAAUUUCCACGCCAGCUGAUUUUAGAGAUGUUUAUUACGAAAUUGCUACACUCAAGUCACCUUACACUUUUCAGGUUGGACGUGUAAAGAACACACGCAUCAUAACUGUGACAACAACGAUUGAAAAACGAAUCGAACCCACCCAAUUGCCGUUUAAUUCUCAAAAUCCUCAAAAUGAACCUUUGACUGAAAACAUAUUAGCAACAGCUUCACCUUAUGGAAAAGAUAACUACCUGUUGGACUCCAGCAUAGUAACUUUACCUGCAAUAACACUUUCUUCAGAUGUCGAAACUCCUCCUCUAGAAACUAUAACUGAAACAUUCAGUACAACACAAAAUAUGCUCAAAACACAUAUAUUGCCAAUUGUGAGAGAGCCUAAUAUAACAAGUAGUCUUACCUUUAUACAGACAUACCAGAUUACAAGACUUGUAACAGCUACGAAAACACUACCUCCAAUGGAAUUCUUCCAGUUUAUACCAAGCAAGACCCUUAAGGAGUUUAACAGUCGUCUAGAUGAAGCUGGUUCUGAACUACAUUUGGAGUUAGAUUUUGGUGAUAGCAAUGAGGAUGAAGAAGGAACAUCACGCCGCGUAUUCCCUUCUGAUCUGGACCUUGCUAACAUAGGAUCCAACUUUGAUUUAACAGAAAUUGAUAAAUAUAGAGACAAUCAUUUGAGGCUGAAGAAAGCUCACGGACAAAACAAAAACAACCAAGUUACAGAAGCACCGAGUCCUUCUACUCCAGCUUUGAGCCCCGAACAAGCGCAACAACUGGCUCUUCUCAGACUACUCAAUCCCGCGGCAGCUGCACAAAUUCCAACCGUCGUUACAACAUCGAAGCCUAUUCUCAAAUACGAGACGAUUUACGAAUCACACGUGAUUCCAAUAUUUGAUGGGAAGAAUACAAUUCACAGCACACUUUCUAGACCGGUAGCGACAAUAACGAAAACGGAAUAUGAACUAGGCACAAGCAGUUUACCAGCGCUGCCAAUCAAUCCACUGUUCCCACAACAAUUCACUGUGACUUCGACUCCGGUUGUUUUGAACACAGAAGUGGUUGCUACAGAGAGUCAAGUUAUAAAAUUGACAUUCGGUGCGAAGACAUUAUUAACAACAUUGUACACGACUAAAGUUGUUCCAACUAUGUUGACGUCUUAUGUUACUUCUUCCAUACCGGUGCAACCGAGCGCAAACUUCCCAGGAUACUUCCCAGCGCCUUAUCCUCCAUUUCCUUAUGUAGGAUAAACAGGCCAGUAUUUUUUUAGUAAAAGGAAAUUAAACUAAGUCAAUGUCAGUGAUCGUGUUAGUGCGCGUUAAUGAUUAAGUUUCGAAGACAAAAAUGAACUUAGAGACAAAAGUGCGUGUAAUGAAAGUAGACUAUAUUGCUCGUAUUGUGCACAAGUUAAUUUUUAAGAUUGAGUAGCUUGUAUAAACAUUUGUGAAAGAGCAUAAAAACUGUAAGUUGUGUUCCUUUACUAAAGUGUUAAAAUACGGAAGAGCACCUAUGUAAAUGUUUGUAGUAACCUUAAUAUUGUAAAAUACCUGAGGAUUACUAAAUAAGAAUUGUGAAAAGAAGGUGUAAAUGUGCCGCAAUUUUUAUAAAUAUUUGAUAAAGGCUUUGUAAAUAUUUGUAAUUUAUAUUAUCGAUAUCUUGUAAAUAUUAAAAUAUCACAUGUGUAAUUAAAAAAUAAAAUAUAAACCAUCGUAAUAUAGAUAACAUUAUUGUAUUUUUAUACAUUUUGUAAAUUUAUGCUUUAAAUAAAUUGGUUCAUAUUAAAAUAG